GUGGAAGAGGAGGAGGAGGUGGUGAAGGAGGUGGAGGUGGAGAACGACGGCGACAAGGAAGGGGAAGAGCAAGGGCACGAAGACAGUCAGUCUCGGAUGAAAUUCGAGCCACUUUAGUUGACCAUGUCCUUGUCCAUGGGAUGACUAUGAGGGAGGCUGGGCAACGAGUACAACCAAAUUUGAGUCGCUUCACUGUUGCCUCCAUCAUCAGAACCUUCAGGGAGGAAAACAGGACACAGAGACGACCACCUGGUGGAGGCAGGUUAAGGCUUUUGUCGGAGGAGCAAGAGAGGGAACUUGUAAACAUGGUAAUUGCAAAUAAUGUAAUCCGCCUGCAAAAGAUUCAAAGGAGAGUGAUUGAGGAUGAUCAUCUUUUUCGAGGCAUAAAUGCCAUCAGCCUCUCCACAAUUGACCGCAUCCUCCGAAAGAAUCAAUUCCGGAUGAAACAGGCAUACCGAGUCCCUUUCGAACGAAACUCUGACAGAGUGAAAAACCAACGUGUGGAAUAUGUUCAGAGAAUCUUUGAGAUUGAAGGACGGCCUGUUCCCCAUGAAAUGAUCUUUGUGGAUGAGGCAGGUUUUAACCUGACCAAAAGAAGGAAAAGGGGGAGGAACAUAAUUGGCCAUCGGGCUAUUGUAAAUGUCCCUGGUCAGCGUGGGGGGAAUGUCACUAUGUGCGCAGCCAUCAGCCAACGAGGGGUACUCCACCGCCAUGCCGUACUAGGACCCUAUAACACUAUGCUUCUCCUUGCUUUUCUUGAUGGUUUAAGACAACAUAUGUUCCAGCUGGACUACAGGGAACCAGCACAGCCAGAGCAGCCUCACUACGUUGUUGUGUGGGAUAACGUCAGCUUCCAUCGCGCUGCUCUGGUUCGUGACUGGUUUACCAAUAACCCAAGGUUUUCUAAUAUCUUUCUGCCUGCAUACUCCCCCUUUCUAAACCCGAUAGAGGAGUUAUUUUCGGCAUGGCGGUGGAAAGUGUAUGACCGAGAACCUUAUGUCCGUGUUCACCUCCUUCAGGCCAUGGAAGAGGCCUGCCUAGACAUAUCAGUAGAUGCAUGCCAGGGGUGGAUCAGGCAUGCAAGAGGAUUUUACCCCCGCUGCCUGGCUGGGGCCAAUAUAGCCUGUGAUGUGGAUGAGAUUCUCUGGCCUGACCCAGACCAAAGACAAGAUGCUGUGGUGGGAUAAUGUUUCUGGUGUGUGUUGUACUGUAUAGUACAUGAAUGACAAUGUGCCACUGUACAUACAUUGGUUGCGUCUUUUGUGUUUAUCAUGUGACAAGGGUUUUGAAGGGGAGAACCAUAAGCAACCUAAUUGUUUUGGAACUAUUGUUUUGAAUUAAUUGUACCAGUGUGCAAAACUCUGUUGUAGUGUGUGUGUUUUUGAGGGCUUGUGUUUGAUGUCUGAGGGCAAAGUUCGGUUUUUCAGCAGGGGUGAAUAGUUUUGGGUGUAGAGCUUCAUUUUGACCUGGAAAUAGGAUGUUUGGGGAAUUGAGUGAGAUGUUAUGGAUUUGUGUUUACUGUUGUGCGGAUAUGAGGCGUAGUUUCAAGAAAUGUGUUUUAGCAAUCGAGAAAAACUGUAA